AUGGUAUUACAUCAGCAACUGGUGACCACAGGACAUCGGAGCAAAGUGAAACAAAUGAUGGACAUGAUAUUUAAGAAGAGAGAAAGAGAGACGCCGCUGCCCGGGUACCUCCUGUCGGCCGCCUUCUUGGAGACAUUGGCGGGCGCCUGCGGCCUGGGGCUGCUGAUGGCGGAGCGCAGGAGCGCGCUGCAGAAACUCGCCAUGGGCGUGCGGGUGCGGUGCGGGCACAGCCCCGGGCUGCUGCUGCUCUGGACCGUGAUGUUCGCCGCCCAGAACUUGGCGCUGGUGUCCUGGAAGAGCCCGCAGUGGUGGUGAGCAAGGGCGGACCUGGGCCAGCAGGUUCAGUUUGGCCUGUGGGCACUGCGGUAUGUGGUGUCUGGGGGGCUUUUUCUCCUGGGGCUCUGGGCCCCUGGACUGCGACCCCAGACAUACACCUUGCGGGUCAAUGAAGAGGAUCAGGAUGUAGAGAGAAGCCAGGUUCCCUCAACCCAGGGGUCAUCUCCAUCUACCUGGGGUGACCUUGGCAGGAAGCUCCGCCUCCUAAGUGGCUAUCUGUGGCCUCGGGGGAGCCCUGCCCUGCAGCUAGUGGUGCUCUGCUGCCUGGGACUCAUGGGGCUGGACCGGGGAUUGAACGUGCUGGUCCCCAUCUUCUACAGAGACAUAGUGAACUUGCUGACAGAGAAGGCCCCUUGGAACUCCCUGGCCUGGACCGUCACCACUUAUGUCUUCCUCAAGUUCCUGCAGGGGGGCGGCACUGGCAGUACAGGCUUCGUGAGCAACUUCCUCUGAAUCCGGGUCCAGCAGUACACCUCUCGCCGCGUGGAGCUGCGUCUCUUCUGCCACCUGCAUGAGUUGUCACUGCGCUGGCACCUGGGUCGCCUCACAGGGGAAGUGCUGCGGGUCGUGGACCGGGGCACAUCCAGCGUCACUGGGCUGCUCAGUUACCUGGUAUUCAACAUCAUCCCCACGCUGGCCGACAUCAUCAUUGGCAUCAUCUACUUCAGCAUGUUCUUCAACGCCUGGUUUGGCCUCAUCGUCUUCCUGUGCAUGAGCCUCUACCUCAUCCUGACCAUUGUGGUCACCGAGUGGAGAACUAAGUUCCGACGUGACAUGAACAUGCAGGAGAAUGCUACCCGGGCACGAGCCGUGGACUCCCUGUUGAACUUUGAGACGGUGAAGUAUUACAAUGCAGAAGGCUAUGAAGUGGAGCGCUACCAAGAGGCCAUCAUCAAGUACCAGGGUUUGGAGUGGAAGUCAAGUGCUUCAUUGGUUUUGCUGAAUCAGACCCAGAACCUGGUGAUUGGCCUCGGGCUCCUGGCCGGCUCCCUGCUGUGUGCAUUCUUUGUCAGCGAGCAGAAGCUGCAGCUCGGGGACUUUGUGCUCUUUGGCACCUACAUCAUUCAGCUCUACAUGCCCCUCAACUGGUUUGGCACCUACUACAGGAUGAUCCAGACUAACUUCAUCGACAUGGAGAACAUGUUUGAUCUGCUCAAAGAGGAGGCAGAAGUGAAGGACCUCCCUGGCGCAGGGCCCCUUCACUUCCAGAAGGGCCAGAUCGAGUUUGAAAACGUGCACUUCAGCUAUACAGAUGGACGGGAGACCCUGCAAGACAUGUCCUUCACUGUGAUGCCUGGCCAGACACUAGCCCUGGUGGGCCCGACCGGCGCAGGGAAGAGCACCAUCCUGCGCCUGCUCUUCCGCUUCUAUGACAUCAACAGUGGCUGUAUCCGCAUCGAUGGGCAGGACAUCUCCAAGGUAACCCAGACCUCCCUGCGGUCCCACAUUGGAGUUGUGCCACAGGACACCGUCCUCUUCAAUGACACCAUUGCCAACAACAUCCGCUAUGGCCGCAUCACAGCUGAUGCUGCUGAGGUGGAGGCAGCCGCCAAGGCUGCAGGCAUCCAUGAAGCCAUCCUGGUUUUCCCCGAAGGCUACGAGACACAGACAGAAGUGGACCCAAACCAACCCAUCAUCAAAGAGUAA